UGAGUUCUGCUGGGUGCGCGCUGCGAAAGCUCUUCCCCGGACCUCAGCGCCAAAACACCACCGGCAGCGAGCUCUGCGCACCCCAGGCUAUGCGCCGCUCGUCGGGCGAGACCUACUCCACAGCUGCCGUGACCCCGCCUGUGUCCGUCCGUGCGUGGGUGAGAGCCUUCUGUUACCGCUCGGCGUUUCGGCGCGGGCCAGCAGAUGGCGGCGGCGCCCCGGCUGGGCGCACAGCCCCGCUCCGGUUACAACCCGCCCUCCGCGGCGGUGUCUCCCUCCCCGCCACCUCCCUGCCUGUCACUGCCACGCCGGAGAGCCACCAUGGCGCACGGCGGGACACGCGUGUCCGCCGCCGCUCCACGCGGGGCCGCCCGCCUGCCGCUGCCGGUGCUGCUGCUGCCGCUGCUACUGAGCGCCGCCGCUCUGCGCUGCGCGGAGCCCUGCGGUCGCCCGCGCCCAGGAACCCUGACUCGUGGGGCGCGCAGCUCUCCGGAGCCCCGGCGAGACGGCGGAGCGUCUGCGGGGGGUAGCCGGUCCAGGAGAGCGUCCUCGCCGACGGACCGGGAGCAGGUCUCCCUCAUCAGCACCUCCUUCGUGCUCAAAGGGGACGCGUCUCACAACCAGGCGAUGGUGCACUGGACGGGCGAGAACAGCAGCGUGAUCCUGAUCCUGACCAAGUAUUAUCAUAGUGACAUGGGAAAAGUGCUGGAGAGCUCUUUGUGGAGGUCCUCAGAUUUUGGGACAUUGUACACAAAGCUGAAUCUACAGUCUGGGAUUGUUAUUGACAACUUCUACAUUUGUCCAACCAACAAAAAAAAGAUCAUUCUUGUGAGUUCCUCCCAUAAUGACCGGGACCAAAGUCUUUUCAUAAGCACAGAUGAAGGAGCCACUUUCCAGAAACAGCCUAUUACUUUCUUUGUGGAAACUCUCCUUUUUCACCCCAAAGAAGAAGAUAAAGUACUAGCUUACACCAAGGAAGGCAAGGUUUAUGUAUCCAUUGACUUGGGGAAAAAAUGGAGCCUCCUGCAGGAACGAGUUUCAAAAGAUCACAUCUUCUGGUCUGUUGCUGGAGUUGAUGGAGACCCUGAUUUAGUUCAUAUGGAAAUCCAGGAGCCCAGUGGAGGUUAUCGCUACAUCACUUGCCAGAUCCAGAACUGCUCUGAGAAGACAAUGACAGUCCAGUUUGCUGGGGGCACCGACAGGGAUUCCCUGACUGUGCAGGAUGACUACAUAUUUCUGCAGACAACCUCAGCAAACCGGACCAAGUACUACGUGUCCUACCGGCGCAAUGGCUUCCUACAGAUGAAGCUGCCGAAAUAUGCACUGCCAAAAGAUUUGCAGAUCAUCAGUACAGAUGAAAACCAGGUCUUUGUGGCUGUUCAGGAGUGGUACCAGACAGAUACCUACAACCUCUACCAGUCUGACCCCCAAGGGGUUUACUACUCUAUCCUGCUGGAGAACGUCCGGAGCACAAAGCAGCCAGAGGAGAAUGUCCUGAUAGAUAUUCUGGAGGUCAGAGGUGUAAAAGGAGUCUUUUUGGCCAACCAGAAAAUUGAUGGCAAAGUUACAACGCUGAUAACCUACAACAAAGGCCGCGACUGGGACUUUCUAAAUCCUCCAGACAUGGACAUGAACGGCAAACCCACUAACUGCAAACCUCCUGACUGCUACCUUCACCUCCAUCUCCGCUGGGCAGACAAUCCCUACGUGUCGGGAACAGUCCACACGAAGGACACUGCACCAGGGCUCAUCAUGGGGGCAGGUAACCUGGGGUCCCAGCUGGUUGAAUAUAAAGAAGAGAUGUACAUAACUUCUGACUGCGGGAAGACGUGGCGGCAGGUCUUUGAAGAAGAGCAUCACAUCUUGUAUCUGGACCAUGGUGGAGUUAUUGUGGCCAUCAAAGACACUUCUAUUCCUCUGAAAAUACUCAAGUUCAGCAUAGAUGAAGGCCAGACGUGGAGCACACAUAAUUUUACCAGCACUUCAGUGUUUGUAGAUGGGUUGCUCAGUGAACCUGGUGAUGAGACACUGGUCAUGACAGUCUUCGGACACAUUAGCUACCGUUCGGACUGGGAGCUGGUGAAGGUGGACUUCAGGCCAUCCUUCCCCAGGGAGUGCACUGAUGAUGACUAUGAGUCCUGGGAGCUCACAAACCUACAGGGUGAUCGAUGCAUCAUGGGCCAGCAGAGGAGCUUUCGGAAGAGGAAGCUUUCAUCCUGGUGCAUUAAAGGGAGAAGUUUCACUUCAGCUCUCACAUCCAGAGUCUGUGAAUGUGCAAACUCCGAUUUCUUAUGUGACUAUGGGUUUGAGCGCUCCAUGCCGCUGAAGUCGGAGUCCAGCAAAUGCUUCGCUGACUUUUGGUUUAACCCAGAAGCACCUCCUGAAGACUGUGUGCUUGGGCAGGCAUACACCAGCAGCACUGGGUACAGGAAAGUUGUUUCUAACGUGUGCGAAGGCGGCGUAGACCUGCAGCAGAACUUAGCGCAGCACAUGUGUCCGUUGAUUGCUCCCAGGGGACUUCAGAUCAGCAUCAGAGAGGAAAGCCUGGCUGUUAAGCCUGGGGAGGACAUCACCUUCGUCGUCAGACAAGAGCAGGGUGAUAUGUUGAAUACCAAAUACCAGGUGGAUCUUGGAGAUGGCUUCAAGGCAAUCUACGUGAACCUGACGAUGACUGGAGAGCCCAUCCGGCACCGCUACGAGAGCCCUGGCAUCUACCGCGUCUCAGUGAAGGCUGAGAACGUGGCUGGGCAAGAUGAGGCUGUGGUGUUCAUCCAAGUCAGCUCUCCACUGCAGGCUUUGAAUUUGGAAGUGGUUCCAGUCAUUGGGAGAAACCAGGAGGUGAACCUGACAGCUGUUGUUCUGCCUAAGAACCCUAAUUUGACGGUCUUCUACUGGUGGAUAGGAAACAAUCUUCAGCCUCUCCUUACACUGGACAGCUUUCUGGUGACAAAGUUUGCUGAAACAGGUGACAUCAGAGUCACAGUGCAAGCUUCCUGUGGGAGCUCCAUGCUUCAGGACUCUAAGGUUGUCCACGUAUUCGAUCAUUUUCAUGUUCUUCCUCUGAAGUUUACUAAGCACCUGGACAUGUACAACCCCAACAUCCCGGAGUGGAGAGAAGACAUAGGGCGGGUGGUAACACGACUCCUGGCAAAGGAGACCAACACACCCGAAGAAGCGCUGGUGACGGUGGUGAAGCCAGGUCUGCCCACGACUGCUGACCUGCAUGUGCUGCUGCCAGCAAACCAGCCCAAACACAAGAGAAGUGUACCUAGUGAUAAGAGAAUAGAGGCUAUAAAGCAGGCCUUGAAUGCACACAACAUCAGUUUCUUCCUGAGGGGAGGAUACUGGGUCUUGGUGACGUUAGCUGACUCCGAUUCAGAUGCUCAGAGGAUCGGAGGAGGCAGUGGCUACUGGGCUAUCGUGGUUCUCUUUGUUAUCUGUCUAGUCGCGGUUGGGGCUUUCAUCCUCUACAAGUUCAAAAGGAAACUUCCAGGCAGAAAUGUCUACGCCCAGAUGCACAACGAAAAAGAGCAGGAGAUGACAAGCCCUGUUAAUCACAGUGAGGACACCCAGAACAUCAUCCAGGGUGAGGAGUUUAUUGAUGAUGAUCUGGACUCUCAAACGCUAGGGAACGCAAGAGUGACUCCUUCUGGGAGAAGUGGCAACUUGAACAGCUACAGAGUUCCCUUAUUGCUGAUGCCGGUCAGUGUCCAGUCCCAGGCAAUCACUCAGGCGUGGUUUUGAGCAUCAACUCCCGAGAGAUGCACAGCUACCUGGUUAGCUGAUAGUCACAGCUGAACGCAGCACCCGACAGACUCUUCUCUAUAGCGAUUUCUCUUUCCCUGGUGAUGUCACAGAAUGGCAAAUCUGACUGUAAAGGCUGCUGCAGAGGAAGGCUCUUAUCAGUCCCGUGGAGAAAAAGGUUCAUCGUCGGUUACCAAGGGAAAAGAAAGCUUCGUCUUGUGUUCCUCUCCAUGGCCUGAGAACUUGUCACAAUGGAAACUCAAGCUGUGAUAGCCAACCUGUAGCCCUAGGCACCUUCAAUGCCACCUUCUUUCUCUUCUGUAUACGCUCUAGUUCUCUAUGUUUAUUUUUAGAAGGAUCAAUUGUAACUUUUUAACUCUCUUUUUAAUCGAGGUAUUCAGUGCAAGGCUGGGACUUUUCAGCCCAAAAAAAAAAAGGUGAUUUUUACACAAGUGACUAGACCAGAAUGGAUGGUGGGGGGAUCACAGUGACAGUUUUUUAGGAGGCCAAGAGUGCUGGGAGAGGACCGAGCCAGGAGACAAAUGCACUCUCAGUCCAUGUAAGCUCUUCACUUAAACACGUGUAAGACAAUCUAAUGAAUUUAGGCUUAGGCCCUUCUGUGGGUUAAAGUGGUGAUUAAGGUAUCUCAUAAUAUAGGAUAAUGCUCUAGUAGGUGUAGCAAGUCCUGACAAACCAUCAGCACCCAGUUCCACCCUGUGUGAAACAAAACCACCAGCUGGAUGCUCUUUCCAGACCAGGUGCCUUCGCUUGUGGACAGUUCAGUCGCUCUCCUCCUGUCUCCUGAGCCAGCAGCUGCAGAAUGAUGCCAGCUGCUGGAUGAGUUAUGCCCAUACUGGUGUCCUUCUUAACUUUGUGAGUGUGGAAAUGCCUCCCCCAAGGCCCUGUCUUUACAUGGUGAUUACUGUCCGGAGGGCAGUGCUGGUCAGGUAGGUGGCAGCUCUCCUCUGGACAGGGCUGGGCUGCACACCACCACCCCCUUCCCACCCAUGUCUGUCCUUGGGGUUUUCCCUGGCUGCUUGCCCUGCAGGCAGGGGUGGGCAAACUCUGAGCUAUCCUUUUCCACUUGGGUGGGCUUGGCAAUCCAAGGGGUGGCCAUGGGGAUUGCAGUCUGUGAUUUAGAGGUUCGUGUUGCCUUUCCAUCACCACAGGGUGUCACUCGGUCCCUACCACUGCUGGCCUCUUCCUGCAGGGAGGGUGGGAGGGCUUCUGAAGGAGCUGCCUGCGGAAAGGCUUCCUUAAUCCCGACACUGUCACUUGAAUCAGUUUCCUAGUCCUGGCUUCUGCAUCCCUAGGGAAGAGCAGUGCAGCAGACCAACAUCCUGCUGGCCAUUUCCUAGUGCUUUAUGGAACCGUGCGGGAAACAGGCUGUGGUGUGAUGAGUUUAACCAGCUGGCGUCCUCUGGGUUGCAGCUGCCUGGGGUUAGGAUGCUUAACCAUAGAGUCACUUCUUGCCUUUGACAGAGAAUAAACAGCCCUUUGCUUGCUG